GACAGGAAAGGAAAAGGGAGGUGGUUAUUAAAAAAAGAUACGUCAAACAAAUGAGUAGAUCUGAAUCUCUUGAAUUACUUCUUGAAUUUUUGGGCAUUUGUUAGUGGACGGAAUUAAUAAAGCUGCAAAUGCAAGACAGCCGCACUUACAGGACAAGUAGAGAAACCAGCAUGCACCAUGAACGAAACAAUUUCUUGGUAAAGUUUCUUAUCUGUGUUUCAUCCUUUCCUGCAUACACAUACACACACUAGCCAUGAGGUAAGGCAACUUUGCAUUAUUUUAAAAUUACAUUCGCCUCUGCUUUUCCCCCCCGUUUUAAGUUUACUGAGCUAGUUUUUAAAGUCUAACAGCAUAUCAUAGACAUAAACCACUCUCAAAAAUGUGACAUAUAGCCCUGUUUGUGCUUUGUCUGUUAGUGGUUAACAUACACCAUAAUAGUUCAUGAAUCACCAGGGACACUUGUCUAACAAAUGUGAUUGUUGGAGACAGUGGGUGUCCAGAGGAGUGAAUAUCUGUAGUAGACAAAUGGGGUUUUCAGGUUUUAUAACAGUUAGACAUUGCAAGCAUUGUGUAACCUCAAAAUACAUAUUUUGUAAACACUCAAAUACUCUGUGCUGUGCCAGACAUAGUUCUUUUUAUUUCCAUUCCCUGAGGCAGGAGAGAUCAUAUUACCACACACUUGUCACAAGAGCAAAUCACUUCAUGCUAAAGAGUCGCAAACAGUUUUGGUUUCAAACUUCCCCUUAGAUCCCAUGCUAGGUCCAAACACACCCUAACACAUCUUUAAAGCUACUGUAAGUGACAUACUGACAUACAUGAGCUCAGUGAUUUCUAUCUUUUAUAAAACAUCUUGGUGUGCCUUGUCUCUAGUACGUUACGUAGCUGUGGAAAUCAUAAAUGCUAAUUAAAUAUUCCAGUGUGUACUACGGGAAAACUUGUUAACGUUUAGAUGAUGCACAGAUAUCUGUCAAGAAAUUCUUGUUUAGGGAACCUUAAGUAAAUCGAAAUAAUUGGCAAUACUAAAAUACAAAGCUCAUGCCCCAAACCAUAAUCCAGAUUAGUGAUAGUUUGGAAACAGGAGCUUUAACGUUAGCUAACAUGCGUUAGUUUAUGUCGACGUACAAACAUGUUAGCUGGCUAUAUUACAGCACCGGAGUUUAAUUUUUAAAUGUCUGUGAAGACAAAGUGUCCCACAGUCACGUCGCUCAAACCUCCAUACAGAGGACACAUAACGGAAAAUGAGAUGUAAUGUGUGCCGAUGUGAAUCCAAAUGAGAUGAUUCGAAUCAUACUGGUUGGAAAGACAGGAAAUGGGAAGAGUGCAUCAGGAAACACCAUCCUGAACCGACAGGCUUUUUCAUCAGUCUUUUCACCAUGCUCUGUGACAUCAGAGUGUGAAAAGGCAAGAGGAACGGUGGCUAGACGCAGGGUUGCGGUGAUUGACACACCAGGGAUUUAUGACACAAAGUACAAACAAGAUGAGGUGAUCAGAAAGCUGAAAAUGUGCAUCUCUCUCUCAGCUCCUGGUCCCCAUGUGUUCUUGAUUGUGAUCAAGUUGGACAGAUUCACUGAGGAGGAACAUAAAACAGUUGAACUUCUGCAGACGGUGUUUGGUAACAAAGCUGCAGACUACUCCAUGGUUCUCUUCACUUAUGGUGACCAACUGGGAUGCACAAGAAUUGAAGAUUUUAUUAGUCACUGUCCCAAACUUAGCCAUUUGAUUGCAAAAUGUAAUGGGCGGUAUCAUGUCUUUAACAACAAAGUGUCCAAUGAUAGCCAGGUACCACAUCUACUUGACAAGAUAAAAAGAAUGAUCAGUGAUAAUGGAGGAAGAUUUUACACAAAUGAAAUGUUCCAGGAGGCCGAGAGAGCAAUCCAAGAAAAAGCGGCGAUGAUUUUGAAGGCCAGUGCCAUGCAAAAACUCAGAGAAGAAGAAAAACUGAGGGCCAAACUCAGAGGAGAACAGCUGCAGGCUGAACUAAAGAGGCUGGGCGAAGAGUAUCAGAGACGAUCGCGAGAAAAGGCUGAGAAGAAAAACAAAUUUACUGAAACUGGUAUGAUUGUACCAGCUGCUGAAGCCGGCAUGGCAAUUGGGAUAGCUGCAGCAGCUGCUGGAGGUCCACUUUGCAUUGGUGUUGGAGCAGUGGUGGGUGGAGCUGCUGGGGCUUUAGUGGGAGUCAUUGCACCACCUGUAGUAAGAGCUUUGAAAAAUAAAUGCUCUGUACAAUAAAACAUACAGUUACAGCAGUUACUUCAUAUUGUUAGUUCUGCUAAUAUACUUGUUUGAAUCUUUUCAUUAGCGGACUGUAUGAGUCAUCCUAAUUUCCUUGUUGCAUGUCAUUGCAGGUUUGUUACAUAUAAUGACAGAUGUUGAUAAGUUUGUGGAGCGAGCUACUGCAGAACUAUGCUGAACUAUAGGUUUGGGUGAAGCAACCACUGAGUCAUUGAUUCUGCUCAGCAUUA